CGCACUCCCCACGAGACUACAUUACGGUAUUGGGCAUUUCCCUGAACAGAACACAAAAUUUGGGUUUCAUGUUCCUUACCUACCACAGCGUGUCUUGCUGAAAUUAUUUUUCCAAGUUAUUGAUAAGUUUAUACAAAUCAAAAAAGUACUGAUAACAAUAUAAUAAUCACCGGAAAACAGUUUGAAAAAGUUUGUUUGCGGCUACAGUAAAUAAACUUCAGUUUUCCGGCGGCAACCAUCGACCCUCGUCACAUGGUGGACGGAUCCGAGUUUUGUGAAGACAGUGCAAAGUGUUUUCAUGAAAAAUAAUUGUUAUCAAUCGAAACUGCUGCAACUGUCAAAACGGUGAAGUGAUAAGUUUAUGUCACGAUCAGCAAGUGCGAUUGUUUACGUGCAUCGUCAUGACUGAAAAGUGCUAGCGGAUCGUCGCAGGAUGUAGUCCUGAGUCGUGAUGUCCUGUACUGCUACCGUGGAAGUGUCGUUUUGAAAGCAGCCUUGAAGAGUGCGUUUAACGCCGCCAACAUGACGGACCCGACGGUCAAGGUGAAGACGGAGCGGCCCGAUGAGGCCGAAAUCAGGGAGUUGGCCGCCAAAAUGGUGGAGGCCAACAAGGCGAAGGCGCUGGCGGCUUCGGUGGCGGCCGCUCGGCCUCCGCCCGGCGCGCUGGUGGGCGUGCCGCCGGCGGGCGCGGGAGGCCAAAUGGGCAUCCUGAACUUCCUGACGCGGAAGCCCGGCGCGCCCGCGGCGGCCGACGCGCGGCUGGCGCCCGACGCCGACAAGAAGAGCCCGACGCCCGACGAGGCCAGCUGGAAGGGCCACUUCGGCUGGGACAUGCUGGGCAAGUGUCACAUUCCCUACAUCUACCGCUCCGGCGAGAAGUACGUGGCGGUCCGGAUGGUGGAGAUUAAACUCCUCAACAAGUACCUGAACUACCUUCACGCGGACAUCUACUCGUGUACCUGCAUCAGGAGCUACUACAUCACGGAGGUGGAGUCGCGACUCCUGAACGAAAUCAACAACAGGCAUUGUGACGGCCAGUUUGGCCGGGAACCUUUCACUCAAAAGGACCUAGUGGUGCGGUUAAUGGACGCGUAUGAGUUUUACAAUUUCCUAGAUGUUUGUUAUAAUAAGUUAUUAAGGGGCACAACUAACAAUAAAGACAAGUGUGGGUUUAUUCGUAUAAAUAAGGAAUCUGUGGUUCCGUAUACAGUGAGAGACAAUCAAAAGUUUGUGCCGUUGUUCUAUUUUGAAGGUGAAACUGACAAUUUGAAAUUAAAGGCUGAUCAGUUGAAAGGCUGGGACUUAUCGUACCUUAAGUUUUGUUGUAAAGUGCAGGGGAUAAGGAACGAGUUGUUUGCUAGUGAGACGUGUUCAGUGAUAAGUUUGUCAGACAUUAAGAGCUACUUCCCUCCGGGGACGGAGUUCGAGGAGUACUGGCCCAACAAAGUGGUUGACUCACAGCUGCUUAUCUCGGCAAAAGGUUCAGUCGCCGGCGGCGGGCAAUGGACGCGGGCGCCGCCCGUGCCGCCCCCAGGAGGCGUCGGCGGUGUGGGCGUGGGCGUGGGAAGCGCUGCAAGCAUGGGCGUCGGGACGGCGUCCACGCGUGGGCGCCGGCCGGGCUCCCAACGACACUCCCCGGCCUCGGCCGCCAUGCAAAUGCCCCACGCGGCUAGCAUAUCCGCUGCAGCAGUACAAGCCCUGGCCAACGGCUGGAGCCUCCCCGGGACCCUCACUCAAGCGCAAACGCAGCACGUGUUGCGGCUUGCUCAGGCGCAAGUGGCAGCGCAGGCACAGGCGGCGGCGCGGUACAGCAACGCGGCCAUCGCCGCCGCCGCCGCCAUGCCACAGCACCGCUCGCAACACCAAAGGAAUAACCAGUUUCCGAACAGUGCAAUAACAAUGGCGAUGGGCCAGCAGCACCCUCCACCUCUGGUGAGGAGCUCAGCCAACACAUCGACAAUGAACAGCGUGCCGUCGCAGGUGACUGGGACAAUGAAUGGCCACUCAACCUCUCACUCCGUCGACAGCCGCAAAAGGCUUACAGCGAUACCAGAUAUUCACAUUACUGGCAACCAUACGCCGUAUAAGGUUCAGAAAGCGUUAGUGGAGAACACCAUGGUGCCGUGCAUCAACGCCAAGCCCUACCAGUACACCGAGCUACUCAUGACGCUGCCCGACCUGGCCAGCCAUUUCUUCCCGCGCGUGUCGCUCACCACCUGCCGCGCCAUGCUCGACGCGCUCGGCCUCACGCUCUUCCGCCCCAACCAAACCCAACUGCAAGUGCUCCGCAACUCUGGCAAGUGCAAAUCGGCGGCCGCCGGCGAGAACGGCAUGGCGCUCGUUCAGAUCCGUGACGUCAUGCAGCACAUGCCGCAGUUCAAGUACAUGCUGCGGUCCGGGCUGGCCGCCGACGACUCCCCGCUGGCGCCGCUGGCACCACGCCCCGCCCACGCCCACGCCCAGUCCCACGCCCCGCCCCACGCCAAGCGAGCGCGCGCCAACUGAGAGACGAGCCCACGUGAUCAAGCGCUUCAGGAUCAUGAUUACUGCCUUCGCGCGCCGCCUGUUCAACUGCAGUCCCCUGAGGUCAAAGUCAAACUCAAAGUCAAAAUUUCUUUAUUUCGUUUAGACCAGUGUUUUUCAACCUGUGGGUCGCGACCCCCUGGGGGGCCGUGAAGCCUUUAUAAGGGGGUCGCGAGAGGUCUUAAAAACUACCUCAGUAAAAAAACAUUAUCUUUAUCCGAAAUCUAAUUAUGCAAAUGCAUAAAAAAAUGUUGUAUUUGAUUGCAAGCAAGUGCUGAGAAGAAGCGCCGCAACAAACUUACCUACUGCUGCACCGGCAGAGGGCCGUAAGGAUCGUAUCUCACGUGACCGUGUCGCAUCACAAUAAAGCUAAUUGGAAACUGUGGCUGGAGCGCUCUUAAUGGCUGUACACUACACCACGUGCACUACGAGAUUACGCAUUACGCAUUACGAGAACAUGAUCACCAACUGAACCGCACUACCCCACGGCUGCAUCUCGCGGCAGAGGGCCGUAAGGGUCGUAUCUCACGUGACCGUGCCGCGUCACAAAGCAGCUGAUUGAAAACCGGGGAGUGCUGUUAACGGCUGCACACCACGUGAUUGUGCAUUACGAGAACACGAGUACUGCCUGUGCGAAAUCUACUGAACCGCACUACCCGCGACAGAGGGCCGUAACGCUUCACGUGAUUACACGCAGCUGAACCUACUACACAUCACGAAAAUACGGCCCAAUGCGCGCACCAUCUAAAACAGUUCGCCAGUGGAUUGAAUCCCCGGGCAGCUGCAGUGCUAUAAUAACGAUGUGGUCGUGCUGCUUUACAAUAGUAUACAAUCCGGCGCGUGCGCCUAAACCGCACAAUUUAAGUUGGCUACAGAAGGAACCCUAGUGAUCUGAUAAGAAGGAUAUGAAAAGGCGUUAUUUAUUACAUAGUGUGGCAGGUGUCGUGGCGAAUAAUAAGAACUAAAAUAACAUCCAUGACUGGAGUGUCCUCAUAAUCAGCUGUCAAGUUAUAUGUUCUGUAUAGUUUAAAAAUUGGACUAUCUGACAAACAUUGAACUUUCUACAUAGGUGUAGUAAAAAUAUUUUCCACUAAUGAAAGACUUAGCAAAUUGUAAUGUAAAUGUGAAAUCGUCAGAUAUAGAUGUGCUUCCGUAGCUGUGAAUAUCACAAGUGAUCCUUAUCAAUGUUAGAGGUAUCGUGUCGGCCGUCUCUGGCUGAGUGUUGCACGGGCUACCAUAGUGUUAAUGUCAAUUUUCACAAUGCUGUACAAAAUGUAUGAUACCUUAAUGUAAAUGGGAAGAUCUAAUUUAUAUGAUCAAUGAUAACUAUUUAAUAGAAGACUGAGAUUUUAUUUUAAAUUAUUUUGUAAUCAAAAAAAGUAUAGAAAGUUGUGAAUGCUAAUAUUUUAGUUCAAUAAUAUCAGAGUGUUUCGAUGGUACAGAGUUUCUUUGAGUAAGUCUUGGCAUUGUAUGUACAAUAUUUUGUAAAUAGGUAGAUGUGCGUGUAAAGUUAAACUGCAUUUUCACAGUAAUGUGAUUUCAAGCAAUACAUUUGAUAUGUACCUAUUGUAAAAUAACUCUUAAAUUUUAGUGUACUAAAAAUAAGUAUUAUUUUCGAAUUCUUAAGACGCUUAUAAAUUAUCAUCACAAUUUUAAUAAGUCUUCAAUUAAGUCACAAGUAUGUAGGCGAAUAUUAGGAUACUUUAUAUUAUUUGAGCUACAUCGAAAACUUAUCUAUACUGAUUGGCCAUAACGUGAUCACUUGCUGCUUGAUACAAUUAUUUUAACUCAUUAUCUAAAAAGAUUUAGAUUUGAGACAUACCAGUGACAAAACAAUUAGUUGAACUAAUGAUAAUUUAGCUAUCAUUUUGAAAGGAAAUUUGUUCCUGAUACACUUUUUCUGUGAAUGUAUACGCUAGACAAAGUCUACAAAACUGUAAAACAGAUCAAAUGCCGAAGUUUAUGUAAGUUCAAAAAUUAUAAAUUUUGGCUACUUGAGCUUCGGCUUGUGGAUAUACAGGGAGUCUGGUCGCACGACGUGUGGAGAAUUGAACAAAGAUUUUUUAAUUAAUUAACGAAAUUAAAAUUGUCUUCAUCUUUUAAGAAAUAAAAUUUAUACUUUAUAUUGUUAGGAUCAUCUUUAUGCAUGUCUGUCGUUCGACCAGUCAACCUGUAUUUUUAGUGUUAAUUUAGAAUUUAUGUUCUACUUUCGAUAAUUAAGUAUCUUAAAACUAAAACACUUUGGACUGCCCAUGUAAUUCUAAAAAUGUGGAAUCGAAAAUUUUCCAUACUUUUGAUACAAAGAAGUGUUUUGUAAAAAUGUAACUGAAUAUUUUCGUCGUUUGGAAAUGCUUGCUUACUUAAUUUGUUCUUCAGGUGAUGUCCCUAACAUUUUGUAGCAGUAUUUGAAUGUUGGACAUUACUUGUGGUUAUUUUCUAUGGUUCAUCAAAUCUUGAUACAGUCUGUUCUUUUUUCUAAAAUUAAUUUAUGAUUGUUUAGACAACAAUUAAAAUCUCAUUGUAACAAAUUGAGGGUACUUUUGUUGGAUAGACUACGAAUUUCAAACACGUUGUACUUGUUUUCUUAAUUCCUAACAUUAGUACUGUGAAUCGGGAAUCCAACGUACUUGACAAUGGCUAUGUAUAGCGAAAAUGCAAAUUUAUUUUAUUUAAUCCUUUUGUAAAUUUUAUAAUCGCUGAUUAGGCCUCUAGAGUUGCUAUACAAUCAAAAUUUUAGAUGUAACAUUUAUUGUAUGCAGAGCUGUGUACGCGUGGUAUGUUAAUUUAUUUAUGACAUAGCUGUAA